AUGUCGUCCGAACAACUAGGGACCGAUGGUUCCACCGAAGCUGCUAUACCUAAGAGAGCGGUCGUACCUUCCGAACAUCAGACUGGAGAAGUCAUAGGAAAAACUAAUGAGGGAAUCCCACGAAGAAAAGAGGGCCAGAAGAGGAAGAAGAAGAAACCGGCGAAAGAGAUUGAUCUAAAAGAAUAUCUGGUUGAUAAUCAAUUACGAAAGAUGGUUGGGCUGAAAAAGUUGAGCUCUAAGCCAGUAGUCGAUGUAAUCGAGGAUCUUGAUGAGAAAUCUGACAGGACUGAACGCAGAGGAAUAAGAAAGGAGAAGAAGUUGACUCCUACAAAGAAGAAAAUCCUGAAAGCCCGAGAAAACUGUGAAAUUCCAUGCUCACCAAUCAUCAGCUUUCCUUUCUCACCAACGCCUCUAGAUGAAAUGGUUAUUGAUCUCCUGAAAAGAUUGAAGAAGCAAACUGAUGCCAUCUACGAAGUAAAUCAAACGAAGGCUCGGGCAAAGAGAACGUUUGUAUGUGGACUUCACGAAUCACUCAAGCACGUCAGAGCAGAAAACGUGAAAUGCGUUGUGGUGGCACGAAAUCUCGACGACGAGUUGAUUACAGGGCCUUCAUUAUUUCAUGCCCUACGGGCUGAAUGCAUUACUCGUCAGAUUCCGAUAAUUCAUGCAUCAACGAAGACGUUGCUGAACCGAGCUGUAAAAAAAUUCCCAUACACAAACGUUGUUGCGCUGUUCCAUUUCCAAGGAUUUGAGGUAGAAGGCUGA